AAGUUGACAGAUUUUGCUUUUGCUACAUUUUUCUUGUUUCUUUUUUGGAUCCAUCGUGGCUGGCUGUAAAGUUUUUAACGUUUACUCAUGCUAGCGUCGCAAUUUAUUUACAUUUUCAAGUGCUUUGUAUGAUUAUUGAUCAAAAUGAGUGCGUGGCCGGAGGUAUCGACAGCAAAGUCGGAAAACAGACAUGAAAUCAAAUUGGCGGGCUCCAACGUCUCCAAACGGAUUUCUGAAGGUGGUUUGGACAAGAAUUUGUUUCUAUUGACGAGCUUGAACCUGCUGAACAUCAGCGAUACGUGCUUGUCAUCGAUUCCUGAUGAAAUAAAGCUGCUUACAAACUUGCAGUCAUUACUUUUAUUCGGAAACCAGUUAGCGGUUUUCAAUGAAAACAUAACCUCGCUGUCGAAGUUAAAAGUGCUAGAUUUGUCAAGAAACCAGAUUACGAGCAUUCCUGAGUCGUUGAAUAAGAUGAAAGAGUUGACAAGUAUAAAUUUUAGUUCGAAUCAGAUCGAUAGUAUGCCUAAAUUAGGGGAUUUUCCCAAUUUGAUUAUGGUGGACAUAUCCAACAACAAACUGACUGCUUUCUUGGAUAUAGAGAACGCUAACUUGCCCCACCUCACGGAUUUGAAACUCAAAAGCAAUGCUAUUGAGAGUCUGCCAAGCUAUGUGGCUCGUAAUCUGCCAUCUCUGAAGAAUUUUGAUAUCGGAGAAAAUCAACUCAAGGUUAUUCCUGGAGAAGUAGCUACCAUGUCUAAAUUGAAAGAACUAAAUCUAAAAGGAAACAAGCUAUCCGACAAAAGACUGAUGAAACUAGUCGACCAAUGCCGCACCAAGCAAGUCCUGGAUUACAUCCGCGACCACUGCCCCAAACUGGACCAAUCUCAGCCAGCACAGGGCAAGGGCAAAGGCAAGAAAGCCAAAAAGCAGGACGAACCUCCACCGGACGACAACGUCUGCGAUCUAUGCCAUUCGAUGAAAAUCUUACACGUUGAAGACGACACUCUCAAAGUUAAGAUUGUUGAAUCUGAAGUUAGCGGUGUCCGUCCAUAUAUUGUGUGCUGUAUCGUUAACGAUUUGCACUUCACGGAGGCAUCGUUUAAGAAGUUCAUUCAAAUGCAAACGAAGCUUCAUGACACAAUCUGUGAUAAGAGAAACGUGGCCACCAUUGCUACUCAUGACCUGAACAAAAUUGCUCCAGGAGAUCUACUGUACACUGCCAAAGCACCCUCCGCUUUAUCCCUGACUCCGCUGUCCCGGCUGAAGCCCUACACCGGGGAGCAGCUGUUCCAACAGCUUACGGCUGAGGCCGACGCCCUAAGGAAGGAGAAGAAGAGAAAUGUGUACUCUGGGAUCCACAAGUACUUGUACCUCCUGGAAGGCAAGCCCAAGUACCCCUGUCUGGAGGAUGCAAGCGGCCGCGUCAUCAGCUUCCCGCCAAUCACCAACUCUGAAGUUACCAAGAUGUCGCACGAAAGCAAGGCUAUGCUAGUAGAAGUGACAGCACAUGGCUCGCUGGGCGCGUGCCGCAGCGUCCUCAACAAGUUUCUACAAGAAGCUUUGCUGCUGGGGAUAGGAGACAGCCAGGAGUCCGGCUACCACACGCUCACUGUGCAGCAGGUCAAGAUAGUGGACCUAGAAGGCAACCUGAAGAGCGUCUACCCCUCCCGCACAGACUGCGGCUUCGAGGACUCCACCGACGUGAAGGUCUAUCGGCUGCCAAAGAAGUAAUCAUUACCAUUACCUACUAUUACUUUAGUCCAGUCUCUUGCGACGUGAUCUUGUUUAAAAAAACGACCAAGCACCAGCGAUGUAAUAAGUCAGUCCCCUGGACAAAGUAAAAUUCAUUGACAGCAAGCUUACUCUAACACAAACAUUACUUAAAUUUUUCACAGUGCACGUGGACGCACAGGGUCCCAAAACCUAUUCAUAGACUUGAGUGGCCGAUUGACACACUCGAACCAAUCACAGAGUUCUUUCAACGCUGUGCGUUCGACUUCCCAUAGCGUUGCUGCUUCACUUCAGCAAGCAUUGUUUGUGAAUACGGGUGUGAAAUGCUAUUUACGUAGUUCCGUCUAUCUGUCACCGUCGCUCAUGUUGGUAUUUCGCUUUACGUGAGAGGGAUGGCGACAUUCGAAACUUUGGAUAACGUUUUUCGGAUUGACCCUCCUGAUUCCACAGAUUUAAUAAGAUUUAUCGUUUAUAAACAGUUGGUAUUACUGGCGACUGGCUAACUUUAUUCUACAGUAGCGCCAUCCUGGUGGAUGCAAAUCGUCGCUUAAGUUUUAUCACCACGUAAGUAAUUUUUGGCGGUUUUGGCAUGUUGAUGCCAUCCGCUAGAGAAUCGAAAGACGCGUCGUUUCGUCCAAUCCUGAAAAGUUGCUAAAAAUUACUUACGCGGUGAUAGAACUUAAACGACGAAAUGCGAUAGUCCUAUCGCUUCAACGCUCACCAGUAGUUGGCGCCACUGUCUUAGCCACUAGCGAUUGACAGGACUUUACAGUGGCGCCAACUAGUGAUGGAAAUGUUUGUCAUGAGUCUUACUUUGUCUAGGUAGCAGUAAGGCCAACUAACUGCCUCAACUCAGUAUUUAAAGGUAUGCUGAAAUGGAUUCUGUGUACUAACAAUUUGGGUAUGGAAAAAUAAGUUCGCGAAAUUGUAUACGCUGACAAAAUUCGUAUGGUAAACUCGGAACAUACGCGGUUCAGAGAUUAAAAGAAAUCAUUUAUGUAUAAAUUAAUAACCAUUCGUUUGAUACUCUGGAGUAAAACUUCAUUACUAUUGUAUUCAAUGUUUAGCUAGUGUAUAAAAUUUCGGGCCAUUGGUAACGCCCCAGUAAAGGAAUAUCCAUAUAGCCAUGUAGCGUUGGACGAACUAUGAAGUGGGUAUUUGAAAAUCAUCUUUACUUUAUAAGUAGCGCAAACGCCCCACGCACGCUGCCAGUCAAUGUGAAUACACCUUAAUACCAGUGUAAAAUAUGUCCUUUAACGUUGCCAAAACCGGCCCCGUCUUGUGAAUUUCAUUAAAAAUAACAACUUUUUAUAAAACUCGUUAACAUAAUGCCUUAUUUAUACGUACUUUCAUAUCGGUUGCACAUGACGUUUGAGUAUUAGUUUAUUACUUUCUAGUAUAUUUAUAAUGUUCUGGAAAAUAAAGAAAUCUUCAAAUGAUACAGGAUGUCAUGCCAAAAAAAUGAAUCAACAAAUCACAGUUUAAGUUUGGGAAAGUCUUUUUUAUUUAACUUUAAACCUUAUGGCGCAAGUACACUGCGGAAAAUUACCGAGACGAAGCGCUAUAUCGCAUACCAAAGCCGUGGUGUAACUGCGCCAUUGGGUUCUAUCUUGGCCAAGCCAUUUAGUUCAGAAGUGACAUUCCGACCUUUAUUCAAUAAAGGAAUUCAGGAAUUACUUUUAAAACUUACUUUAUAUUGUCUUUUGUGUGCCUUAAAUUAUAUUUAGAAUAAACCACUUCAAAUAGGUUACAAAUUAACACGUUCGCGGUAGUUUGCAAAUUAUUUUGUAAGAAAAUAACAAACAUUCAAUACGUCAAUUCAUAGUUUUCGCUGAUACAAUUUUUUUUGCGCAAUUUUUCACAAUCGGGUGAUGCCUCGGUAAUGGAAUAGAAAUUCUAUUUAGCCCUCCUGACGACAGUUAAUUAACCCUCCGUGUACGAGGUGACUAAAAGUUACGUCCCGUACCAGGUGGGGUAUGACACACCCCAAUAUACAAAGUGAUAAAAUUUUCAUUCAACAUUUUUUUAGGUGGAAUUUAAUAUUUAAUAUUGAUUAUUUACGUAUGCUAAUUAGGUUUAAGAAAUGCUCUGAGCUGAAAAUAUGUAUUAUAACAUUUUUAUCAUAAAAAAACAAAAAGACACCAUUUCCAUUGUUCUUGUAAUUUAGGAAUCAGUUUCCUAUGUAUAAUUUUUAAUUAGUGCCUUUAAUUAUGACAACCGUUUUUAUUUAACAAAGUACAAGUAUUUACUUAUAAUUUAAAAGUAAAUUAAAAACUGGAAGGGUAUAAAUUUGUUUUGAUCAUCGGUUUUCAAUUUACCACAAUUCUGAUGAAAGAAAUUGAGUAUGCUCAAUGCAUAAAAUGGGAGUGUAACAAUUUUAUUUAUUUAUAAAAUAUGUUAUUCCAUUUCAGUAGCCCCUAAAUUGUAUCACAAAGUAUAAAUUGUAGCCCAUAAGUGUAUGUUCACAUACAUCUUCGGAUCUCAGUACUAAACUUCCAGAUUCGCACUAAAAGUCAUCUCAUUUGACUAAAAGUGCUUGAAAAUUUCAGAUACCGUAAAAAUCACGAAAAAUAAUAUUUGUAUUGAAUUUUAUUCAAUUGACAAAGCUAAAAAUAUAUAAAUUACACCAAAACUGUUAGAUUUUUUUUUUAACUUUUUAACAACGUCCCGUACCAGGUGGGGUGUGUGACACCCACACGCACUUUAAAGGCACGUAACUCAGUUGGUAGUCACCGCUGGACUGAUUUUGCAACGCUGAUCGAAGCAGCAGUGUCAUAAUUCCAGCUACUGAGAAUUUCAAAUUCAGCACUUGCAAAUUUUUAAAAUUGUGGCUAUUUUUAAAGGACUGGGGUGUGUCACACCCCACCUCGUACAGCGAGGGUUAAAAAUAUGGGACACUUUUACCAUCUGUCUGACGGACAAAAGAUUUAAAUUUUGUCAUCUAGCCUGUCAUCAGUCCCUUAAUCAAACGUGUGCCAUUUCUACCGCGGACGAAUCAUCCAUCAUCAUCAUUUCAGCCACAGGACGUCCAGUACUUACAUAGGCCUUACCCAAUGAUUUCCAUAAUGACCGGUUGGUAGCGGCCUGCAUCCAGCGCCUUCCUGCUACCUUUAUGAGGUCGUCGGUCCACCUGGUCGUUAUCGCGAACGAAUAUUUCUAAUUAAAAUAAAAUUCUUUGAGCUUAAAGCUCACAAUCACCAGUGUACCAAAACGUAUCGUGUAUUUUGUAAGCUUUUUACUUUGAAAUUGUACUCUGUGAUGCAAGCACCAUGAUGUGACACAUCAAUAAAAUUAUCAUUUUUAUUUGUAAGAGGAAGUUUUUGUUGCUUGUUUUUGAUUAAAGUAUUUUGUGAUACACAA